UCCCCUCAGCGUGCGCGCGGCACCGCCCCUCCCGCCUUCUGGAGCCUUCCGCCGCGCGCCACGCGGCCUCCGUGACGUCAUCUCCGUGCGCCCCGGGCGGCGCGGCCAUGGCGCUGUUCUGCAUCAACAGGUACGGCGGGGAUGAGGAGCAGCAGGAGGACGGGGCCGAGGCGGAGAACCGGGCUCGGGUGCUGCUGGAGCGGCUGCAGCAGCAGGCAAGGGCCCGGCAGCUGAAGAAGCGGGAGCAGGCGCAGCCCGAGCAGGAUGGAGGCGAACGGGCCGGGGCUGAGCCCGGCGGCGGAAAGAGAAAGAGGAAGCAGGAGAGCGAGGAGCGGCGCCGUGCGCAGGCCCGGGGGAAGCUGGAGAAGAAAGAGCCCCGCAGCUCUUCUGAGGAAAGGGCGGGCAGCCAGCAGGCAGCAGGUGGCAGCGCUCCCUCCGAGAGGAAAAAAGGAAACAGAAAAUCCAAAGUGCCGCAAGAGAGAACCGGAACAGAUUCUGAAGAAGACACCAAACAACAGGAAAACAGAAGCAACUUGAAGUCUUCUAAAAGGAAGAAGAGGGAUGAGGAAACAGAGGCAGCUGAAACAAGGAAGAAAGAGAACAGUGAAAGAGCAGAAGGAAAUCAAAGCACAAAGGAUGAGCCAUCCAUAGCAGCCUCAGAGGAAGAAGCAAAACCUCCCCCCUCUAGUUUGGUGGUUCUUGGAGACUAUGACAAAAAGCCAGUGCAGAAGGUUCAGCCCUUCUUGCCACAGUGGCUUGCUCAACCCAAACUAGUGCAAAAACGUAUCAAGGAUAAUCUAGUUCCAGUUGGAGAUAUCCCAGGAAUUCAUCCCCGGCUGUUGAAAAAGCUGCAGAUGAAUGGGAUACAGUCCUUUUUUCCAGUGCAGGCAGAGGUGAUUCCUGCCAUUCUCCAGAGCGCAUCCAAUGGGUAUUUGAUGGGGCAGGGAGGAUAUCGCCCCAAAGACAUCUGUGUCUCAGCACCCACUGGCAGUGGUAAAACCCUGUCUUUUGUCAUACCCAUAGUCCAGGUUCUGCUAGAUCGAGUAGUUUGCCAAGUACGAGCUCUGGUUGUUCUGCCCACCAAAGAACUGGCACAGCAGGUGAGUAAAGUGUUCAACAUUUACACUGAUGGGACAGGUCUGAAGGUCGUUCUGAUUACUGGCCAGAAAUCUUUUGCAAAAGAGCAGGAAAUGCUUGUGCAGAAAAAAGUGACGGGCUACUGCAGCCUAGCUGAUAUUAUUGUGGCUACGCCAGGGCGGCUCACAGAUCAUAUCAACCAGACCCCGGGGUUCAGCCUGACGCAGCUUCGCUUCCUGAUCGUGGAUGAAGCUGACCGUAUGAUUGAUGACAUGCACCAGAACUGUCUGAACCAAAUUGUCAAAGCUGCAUUCCAAGUGGAAAAUGGCUCUGGCUCCAACACGCUUUUUCAGAGGACCAAACCAGGGCCUAUAACAGCAGCCAGCUCCUGCUAUCCUCAGAUACCCUUACAGAAACUCCUGUUUUCAGCCACGCUCACCCAGGACCCGGAAAAACUGCAGCAGCUGAACUUAUUCCAGCCUCGCCUCUUCACGUCUGUCUAUUCUGAGAAGAAAAGUCUUGGGGAGGGAACAGAGACUGAACAAGACACUAAAUACACACUCCCCGAGGGGCUAUCGCAAUGUUAUGUGCCUUGUGACCUGAAUUCCAAGCCUUUGCUCCUCUUGCAUUUCAUGCUGACAAUGAAAUUUAGCCGCGUGUUGUGCUUUACCAACUCCAGAGAAGCUUCUCACAGAUUGUUCCUGCUGGUUCAAGCCUUUGGUAGAGUCACUGUGGCUGAAUUUUCUUCUCGGUUAUCUCCAAAUGAGAGGCAGAGAACCAUGAAGGAAUUUGAGCAAGGCAAAAUACAACUGUUAAUCAGCACAGAUGCCACUGCACGAGGGAUCGACAUUAAAGGAGUGAAUUAUGUAAUUAACUAUGAUGCGCCACAGUUCAUCAGGACAUAUAUUCACCGAGUUGGAAGAACAGCUCGUGCAGGAGAAGUGGGUGUCGCUUUCAGCUUGGUCCUUAGAAUUCAGGAACGUAGGUUUCUGCGCAUGUUGAAGGAUGCCGGCAUCCGAGACGUAAAGAAGCACCCAGUGAAGGGCAACUCAUUAAAGCCGCUGGUGCAGGAAUAUGAGGAAGCUCUGUGUAAGCUUGAGAAGACAGUCAAGAACGAGCGAGCACAGAAACGAGCCUGAAUGAAUGGAAGCUGAGGUGGUCGUGCUUUGUGGCGCUGAAGCAGCUGAGCAGGAUCGGUGAUGGACUGCUACCCAGCAUGGCAAGGAGACACGGUCCCUGAAUGGUCGACUCCUCAGCCUUAUCAUAUCUGAAGUAGUCUUCCCCUUUCAAGGACAAUGUGAACAGAGUUCAGUAACUGCCUUAAAAAAAAAGAUAGAUACAGCUAUCUCAAAGAGGACCUUGCAUCGUGUACUGGCAUGUGUAAAACUACCACCAUUGAGCUGUUACGCAGCUCUGGAGCGGGGGCCUGAUGGAACUGCUGCUCUCCAGAGGGGUGGGCUGUGAGACAGCUCCUGGUUCUGUCUGACUGCACAAGCAGCUCUACCUGCAAAUGCAUGAACACCUGCACGGUGCCCACAGCAGGGUUGUUUGGCGAGCUGCUCUAGGCUAAAGUCAUUGCAACUUUUAAAUAAAUGAUAUAUAUAUUUUUAAAACUGUGUUAAUAAAGAUUCUUGGGUACAAGGAUGGA